UUCUUCAGCACCGCUGCCCGAGCCCCUCAGAGCAGCGGGGUACGCCGCCUGGAGCAGGUCAUAAUGGUUUCCAUCCCCAAAUACUAUGAAGGAAAGAACAUCCUCCUGACAGGAGCUACAGGCUUCAUGGGAAAAGUGCUUCUGGAAAAGCUGCUCAGAUCCUGUCCUAAAGUGAAAGCAGUGUAUGUCUUGAUAAGACCCAAAGCAGGGCAGACAGCUGAAGCACGAGUAGAAGAAAUUACGAGCUGUAAGCUCUUCGACAGGUUGAGAGAUGAGCAACCAGACUUCAGAGCAAAAAUAAUUGUUAUUGAGAGUGAUCUUACACAGCCUGAACUGGACCUCAGUGAACCAAUCAAGGAAGAACUUAUAGAAUGCAUUAAUAUUAUAUUUCAUUGCGCUGCUACAGUCAGAUUCAAUGAAACACUAAGAGAUGCUGUUAAGUUAAAUGUGACUGCCACACAAGAGCUCCUCUUCUUGGCACAGCGAAUGAAGACUCUGGAGGUGUUCAUACAUGUUUCAACUGCAUAUGCAUAUUGCAAUCGAAAACAGAUUGAGGAAGUAGUAUAUCCACCUCCUGUUGAUCCCAGGAAACUGAUGGAUUCUCUUGAAUGGAUGGAUGAUGGCCUGGUGAAUGAUAUUACUCCAAAACUGAUAGGUGACAGACCCAAUACUUACAUAUAUACAAAAGCCUUGGCUGAAUAUGUAGUACAACAAGAAGGUGCAAAAUUAAACACAGCCAUUAUAAGGCCAUCUAUUGUUGGUGCUAGCUGGAAGGAGCCUUUUCCUGGAUGGAUUGAUAGCUUCAAUGGACCUAGUGGUGUCAUCAUUGCUGCAGGAAAGGGAAUUCUUCGAACAAUGAGAGCUUCCAACAAUGCGCUAGCAGAUCUUGUUCCAGUAGAUGUAGCUGUUAAUAUGACACUGGCCGCAGCCUGGUAUUCUGGAGUUAAUAGACCGAGAAAUGUCAUGGUAUAUAACUGUACAACAGGUGGCACCAAUCCUUUCCACUGGGGUGAAGUUGAAUACCAUGUAAUUUCUACUUUCAAGAGGAAUCCUCUCGAACAGGCCUUCAGACGGCCCAAUGUAAAUCUAACUUCCAAUCACCUUUUAUAUCAUUACUGGAUUGCUGUAAGCCAUAAGGCCCCAGCAUUCCUGUAUGAUAUCUACCUCAGGAUUACUGGAAGAAGCCCAAGGAUGAUGAAAACAAUAACACGUCUUCAUAAGGCCAUGAUGUUGUUAGAAUACUUUACAAGCAAUUCUUGGAUUUGGAAUACUGAAAAUAUGACUAUGCUAAUGAACCAGCUGAGCCCUGAAGACAAAAAGGUGUUUAAUUUUGAUGUUCGACAGCUACAUUGGGCAGAAUACAUGGAAAAUUACUGCAUGGGAACAAAGAAAUACGUGCUGAAUGAAGAAAUGUCUGGCCUUCCCGCAGCUAGGAAACAUUUGAACAAGUUAAGAAAUAUACGUUACGGCUUCAAUACAAUUCUUGUGAUCCUGAUCUGGCGUAUAUUUAUUGCAAGAUCACAAAUGGCACGAAAUAUCUGGUACUUUGUGGUUAGUCUGUGUUACAAGUUCCUCUCGUACUUCAGAGCCUCCAGUACUAUGAGAUACUGAAGAAGAGAAUUUAGCAUUAGGACAUCUAUGCAUAUGGUGGUCUAACUGCACAAAGCCUGUAACAUGUAGUCAUCUCACAUUUUGUAAAAGCGUAAUGUCAUCUUACAUUGACGUACAAAAUAUACAGUAUGGUAUAUGUAAUGUUAGUUGUGUGUCUUCCUGGAAACAGAAUAAAAUGGUCAAGUGCCAGGAUGAAUUGGCAUUAGGCAAAUGUUUAAAUAACUUUAACUCUUUGACCUGGGGAAACAUUUUAAACCGCUGACCAAUGUAACUGUGCAAUUUGGAACGUGUUUGUUUGAAAUCUGCCUUAACUUUUUUUUCUUUUAAGUUUUACUCCACAUUGAGCAAGAUAAAUAUUGUGACUUAGUAGUUGUUAGUUUCUGUAAACCUGUUUAUUUGAAAUUCUUCUAAAUUACAAAGGGAUUUGGAAGUUGCAAAAUCAUAUAAAUGAUGGUAGAUCUCCUGGGGAAAAAAAUCUGAGGACUUUUGUAAUUUGCCUUUUUGCCACUUCUUCCCUUCUUAUCAAAGUAGGGAUGCAACAAUGGUGCCUACUUUGCUUUAAAAAAAAAAAACCAAAACAAAAAAACAGAAACAAAAAAAAACAAAAACCAAAACCU